UACUGUAACAAGUAUUAUAUUUUUCAAGCGGUAUCUAUCAAUGCAUAAUUAUUUCAAUUGCAUAGCAAUUUUCGCAAAUUUAACACAUUUUGCACUAUUUAAAUAAUGAAUGGCAAAACUCAUAAUAAUAGAAUAAUUUUCGACAAGGUCAAUUGCAUAUUACCAACACUAUAAUUUCAAGAAAUCACUUGACACAAGCCUUAGUAAUUUAACAGAAUUAGCUCCUUCUUUAAAAUCGAAAUACCUCAAUUGCAUUGCAUACUGAGUGCAAUUUGCCUUUAAAUUGAGUUAGCAAUUGUCACCAGCUGUGUCAAUUGAAAUGCGAUUUAAUGACUACUUAGAGCUGCAUACCGAGUGAUUAAUGCCCGCAAUUACGUAUACGACACGUAUUACAAUAAUGGAUUUCACACCCACACACUCCGACACCAAAGUGAACUGGAUACUCAACAAACAAGGCAAAUAGUGAAGAGAACAUCUCACUCCGAGCUAUUUAAGUGGCAUCAAGUGACCAACUGGCAAGGAGUGCGCCAAUAUCCUCGUAUAGGAAUGGAAGUAGCAGAGUGUUUGGAUAAAAUAAAUAAAAAGUGGACGACAAACAAGCCACAAUUGAGUUAUUGAGCAAUCAAGAAAUCAACCGCUUCGAAGUGGCGGUGUGAGUGACGGCAAACACUUUAUCAACUUCAAUUGAAGUUGUGGCUGUGACCACCAACCAUAUAGAUUCCCGUUAAAAUUCUUGCCUCCCCUUCGUUAGUGUUUCAACUUCGAAAACCGCGCAAAUUGAAGUAAAUAUGUCCACCGCGGUCGAAGACAAUCCGCUGCUCUCGAUUAAUGUGCGGCUGUGGAAGUCUCUUUCCGUGCUCUUUGCACGCGAUUGGCGUCGUUGUGUCGCUUUUGUGGCACCCAUUUGCCUAUUGAAUGCAAUGCAAUGCGUCUAUUUGUAUCAACAAUGGGGCGAUUUGGCCACAUUCAUAUUGAAUACGUUCUUUGCGGUCUCCGUAUUCAACGCCUUGCUGCGUACGUGCCUCAUCAUUAAGAAUCGCGAUAAAUUUGAAGCGUUGAUGGAGGAAUUGGUAACUUUAUACGACAAUAUAGAGGAGUCGGGUGAUGAUUAUGCAAAGAGUGUGCUGGCAGCAGCUACAAAAAGCGCACGGAAUAUUUCAAUUUUCAAUUUGUCAGCUUCAUUUUCUGAUUUAAUUGUGGCAAUGGCGUAUCCACUCUUUCAGGAACAGAGAGUUCAUCCCUUCGGUGUUGCAUUGCCCGGCAUCGAUGUCACACGCUCUCCGCUCUAUGAAAUCAUCUAUAUUGGUCAAUUAUCGUUUCCUUUCACUUUGUCCAGCAUGUAUAUGCCCUAUGUAAGUUUAUUCGCCAGCUUCGCAAUGUUCGCAAAGGCAACACUGCAGAUAUUACAAAAUAAUCUCAAGAAUCUAUGCGAUAAUAUGAAAACUAAAACGGAAGAGGAACUCUUCGAAUUGUUACGCACGAAUAUCGCUUAUCAUGCGAGAAUUGCUAGAUAUGUCAGUGACUUCAACGAAUUGGUCACCUAUAUUGUGCUCAUCGAAUUUCUGCUCUUCAGUUGUGUUAUUUGCUCACUGCUCUUUUGCAUCAAUAUUGUGAGUACUACGACCUCUACGGCAGAGAAGAUUUCCAUUGUCAUGUAUAUUGGCACAAUGUUGUAUGUGCUCUUCACUUACUACUGGCAAGCCAAUGGUAUAUUAGAAAUGAGCCUCCUUGUCUCUGAUGCGGCUUACGAGAUGCAAUGGUACAAUUGUAGUCCACGUUUUAAAAGAACUCUACUCAUAUUCAUUGGACGAACGCAGAAACCAUUACAGAUCCGUGUUGGUCAGAUGUAUCCAAUGACAAUGGAGGUAUUUCAAUCACUGCUAAAUACAUCGUACUCAUAUUUUACACUUUUGCAUAAUCUUUAUAAUGAUUAGGGUAUAAACUAUAUACGCAUUAAGAAAUUAUUUAUGGUGAACUAUUUAAUAACUUUUUGAAAAAAAAGAGAUAUGUUACUCUUCAACUUAAUAAAAUUU